CUUCCUUGGGCACCUUACACUGGCUUCCAAAAUCCACCAAAUUCCCAAAUGCCUGCUUUCUCAAGUUUCCUAAAUUCCCCACCUUUCCUGUUUGGGGGUCUCUCUUCAGCCCAAGAAAGCUCUGAUUCCUCCUAAAACCCUCUCUCAUCUACAAUUCUCUUCUCACUAUUCUGAACCAAUGCCUGAAGCCUUCUCUGCAAUAAAGCCCUUGUUGCUUCUCUUAUUUAACAAACUCUGGCUUCUCUAUCAUUGUUUCACAGAUAAGAUACAUAGGAGAAAUUCCAACUCCUCAUCACAGAAGCAAUGCAUCCUUUGGUUCUUCAUUGCCACAUACUCUUCCUCUUCUCUCUAUGCCUCAAUUCAGGUUCAGGGGCUGCCCAGCAAUCGAAAGAGCAUAACAAAGUCCUUCACCAUCAACAGAACAGGGCACUGCUAUCAACUUCCACAUUUGCUGCUCAGCGAGACACUACUCCUGCAAGUAUCCCCAUUGUCAACCCGACGUCUCCAGGUUCUUCGAUACCUAUUGUGAACCCAGCGUCACCCCCACCGCCAAUCACCACGUUGCCAACCCCAAGUCAAGUCGCGCCUCCGACAACUACCACGCCGACGGCAUCAAGUGGACAAUGGUGCAUCGCGAACCCAGCCGCCUCUCAAACAGCUCUGCAGGUGGCUCUCGACUAUGCCUGCGGCUACGGAGGCUCAGACUGCUCGGCGCUACAGCAGGGCGCGAGUUGCUAUGAUCCUAACACCCUGCAAGAUCAUGCCUCCUACGCCUUCAACGACUACUACCAGAAGAAUCCGAUUCCCACUAGCUGUGUUUUUGGAGGAACGGCAACACUCACUUCAACUGACCCAACAGGCCAUGGAAGCUGUCACUUUGCAUCUUCCGGCUCAACUCCGACUCCGAUGACUCCGACUCCAAUGACUCUUACUCCUCCUACUACUUUUACUUCACCAGCUCCACCGACGUUUGUCACACCAGUUUACCAAUCCCCACCUUCAACUGUACCAGGGUCACCAACAAUCUUUGGGGUCGCAGAGCCAACGGGACAACCCAGCUCAGCCACCUCCAUCACGUGCAGCUUAGCGGUUCUACUCACCGCAGCCUGUCUGUCACAGUCACUUCUCGCACGUGGUCCCUAAGCCACUGCAAGGAAAGUUGCAUCUGCGCUACCAUGAGAAGGCAAUUCAAUCGCUUCCUUGCAUAUCUCAUGGUAUUUGCAUUUGAAGGGGUCACCCGGGACACGCAAGGAGGCAUUUUGAUUCAUCGGAGCCUGAUCGACCUUCGAGGCGGUUCUCUCUUCCUACAGAUGCCGCCUCGAAAGCAAUCAAGAUGCACGAGAUCUCUUGUAUUCUUGUCUUUGUCAUCAACAUCAGAAUAGAUGCAGGACCCAGAAGAAUAAGUUGCAAUAUAGGAGUCAGAAUAGUCAUAUACAGUGUAAGAAUCUCUAUACACAAUUAGCCAACACAGAUAAUAAUUCAUUUAGUUUUACUGGA